GCGCCAGACAAUUUCAUGAGGAUAAGGACAGGCGCGAGGACACUAAAAGGACACUAUCCUUGGAGAAAACGACUCCGAAAUUCGUAUCGUUUUAUGCACGUCGGAGUUUUCAACACCUCCGUGUUUUUAGCGUGUGCAUGUGCGCGUUUGAUCGGGCUGGAUGAAAAUGAUGCAAAGCGCGGCGGUGUUGCCCAGCGAGAGCGCGGUGAAGGGUCUGCCGGACAUUCUCGGAGUGCCACUGCAACAUAUCCCUCAGUGUGCAGGCUGCAGUCAGCACAUCUUAGAUAAGUUUAUUCUGAAGGUGUUGGAUCGCCACUGGCACUCCAAGUGUCUCAAGUGCGCCGACUGUCACGCGCUUCUGGCAGACAAAUGUUUCUCGCGCGCAGGGAAUGUCUACUGCAAAGACGAUUUUUUCAAGCGUUUCGGGACAAAAUGUGCCUCGUGCCAGCAAGGGAUCCCCCCAACACAGGUGGUCCGAAAAGCUCAGGACUUUGUCUACCACCUUCACUGCUUUGCCUGUGUAAUGUGCAGCAGACAGCUGGCCACCGGAGAUGAGUUUUACCUCAUGGAGGACGGAAGACUCGUGUGCAAGGAGGACUAUGAAACAGCCAAACAAAAUGAUGAUUCUGAAACGGGAGCAAAACGUCCGCGGACCACCAUCACAGCCAAACAGUUGGAGACACUCAAAAGCGCCUAUAAGAACUCGCCGAAGCCAGCGCGACAUGUGCGCGAGCAGCUCUCCUCAGAAACAGGUCUAGACAUGAGAGUUGUGCAGGUAUGGUUUCAAAACAGACGAGCAAAAGAGAAGCGUCUAAAAAAGGAUGCCGGUCGCCAUCGCUGGGGUCAGUUCUACAAAAGUGUCAAACGCAAUCGAGGGUCCAGUAAAACAGAGAAGGAAAGCUCAGCGGACGACGCAGGACUCAGCGACAGCGAGCUUAGUUUCAGAGAAGACCAAAUCCUGUCAGACCUGGGUCAUAAUAACAGCUUGUAUGGAAGCGUAGGGGACGUCACCAAUGGCAACAUGCUGAAUGGGAGCUUUUCACUGGAGGGGGGCGGGCAACCCUACCAUGACCUGCGGGCAGGAAGUCCCUAUGGCCUGCCACAGUCUCCCUCAUCCAUCACCUCUCUACCGGGCCACACCCCGCUGCUCAACAACUUAGGCUUCAACAUAGAGGGCAUCAUGGGUCCAGGCGGUCAGGCCAAUGUAAGUCAAGCACUGAGAGCCAUGGCCGGGGGACCCACCUCUGACCUGUCAACAGGAAGCAGCACGGGCUACCCAGACUUCCCCACCAGCCCUGCCUCCUGGCUCGAUGAAAUGGACCACUCUCAGUUUUGAGGUCGGAGGUUAAGCUUGAAGGUCAUGUGACUUGCUUUCAAGGACACAGUGGAAACGUGAAGAUUUUAUGGACAUCUGAACGGGCAGUGUUUGUGUGGCAAGGGUAUUCAGUAUGCCUCAAUAUUCAACCAGCUGUCGCCCACCUGAACACGGGCGGCUUGAUGACACUGGUCUGAGCAACCCGUCGUGGAAAGUUCGCACUGUAUCAUCAUUUUUUAUUUAUAUUUUUUCAUUGUUCUCGAAACUGGAUUGGACGAUUUCCAGCAUGAAAUGGCGUGCAGAUGAGAAAGGCACCGAACUUGCCAUCGAAACCCCUAAACCUCUCCAUCAUUAAGAGCGCCACGCUGACCGCUCACCUUUCCAGCAGCUUUGACUCUAGACGUAUUUUUCCCAUAUAUUUUCUUCAUAAGCAUUUUACAAAAAUUCCCGUUUCAAGUAGAACAUUACAAACUUGAAUUUAAAAUGAGAAAAAAAAUUUGAUUCUCUUUGAAGAAAAUAAAUGGGAUAAACCCGACUGCUGUGCUGUACACGAAAAACACAAUCAAGAUCAGCCACGUUUUUUUUGAGAACAGGGGGUCUGUGCAUGUUUCGGACUGAGGAUGAAACCAGUUCACAUUAGGAGCCUUCGAAAUGAUAACGCACUUUAUGUUCAUCCUCGACUGCACACGGCAGACUGAAUACAAGAGAAGAGAGGAGUGCACCAAGCAAGGAGAGAUAUUUAAACAAGAGGCACAAGUGUAUCUUUCCUACUUACAAGGGGUUGGGAUUUUAAUGGUUUUGACUGACUCAGUUUCUAAACAGCUCUAAUGUAGAUGAUGCUUCACAUUAGCAACAUCAAAGGUCUGAAGAUAAAGAUUAUUUUUAAUAAGGACGAAUCCGCAUGCACUGCUCAAAAUUUUCAUAUUGAUCUCUGUUUGUUCCCAAUGUCACUAGUCGUUGCUCCGUGAGAAAAGACUGAUGUGUUAGAAUGUCAUUUAUUUCAGAGCAGUGGAUUUCUGACACAAAAUAUGCGUGUCUUCAUUUUUAAAAGUGGACCGAGCCAGAACAGACAGAAGUACAUUUCAGGUCCGACCACAAGAUUAUUAACAAACAAACCUGUGAAAGGGAACAUUUACAAUGUUAUUUAUUUAUUUUUUUACAGCCAUGGUUAAGUGUUAUUUAUUCUUGUCAUGUCAAUGUCAAUAUUAUUAUUAAGAGUUGAUUCAUGGGGAAAAGGAUGGUAAAUUAUCAAAUAUAAAACUGGUGAAGGUUUCGUUUUUGAUUUAUCAUUGUUUAUGCAAAAUUUGUACCGGUAUAGUGGUACACAGGAGAAAGAUGACCGAUGCUGACAUGUUAACAUAAGCUAAAAAGAAAAAUAACCAUCCAGAUUUUUUUUUCUUUGUUGUUGAAUCUAAGUUGCCUCUGAACUACUGAGUCUUAAUGGCUGUAAAUUUUGUAAAGUCUCAAAGUGUGGACAGUCUUGUUUCAUGAGCACUAUUUAUUGCUAUGGGUCUUUGAAAAAAGAGCACUGAAUUUAGUCCUAUAUGCCUUCUGUCUAAUGGUAUGAAUUGUGUACAGUCAAAUCUAUAUGGAGAAAUAAAACCGAA